CAACAAUUCAAUUGCGCUUCUCCCAACAAAGCGGCUGGGCUGUUGUAGGUGUUUACAGCCGCGCUUAGUCAGUAUGCGGUAGGCGGCCCAGUAACGUACGCGUUGACACAGUGACCCCGGAUACAUAUGCUUUUAUCGCGCACGUAACCUGACAGCCAACAAGAAAUCACCCUUCACUGCUUUAGGAGCUAUCGCCGCACGCGCCUCCCUUCCCCACCUUUCUACCCUUGGAACACCCCGAACUGCACUCGCGUUACCCGAACCUUCAGAACUGCGCCACGACACCAGAACCAACACGUCUCCCUGUACGGCGACUUCCUUCCAGCCGACGCCAAGCACUAACGUAGCCCGGCUGGCAAGCCCAGCGCCGACUUCCAGGCCCCCCCCCGCAGCUCCCUCCACGCGCACAUGGCCUUCUGACACUCGGCCGCCUAGGCUGCGCUAGCACUCGCUGCUGCGUUGGCGCCCCGCUGCUCGUCCUGCUGAGCCGCCGCCUGCAGCUGCCGGCGGCUGUAGCCAGGUGGAGGGCUGACCGGCGCGGCAGCAGCAGCACCACACCUCUAGCAGUGGCAAGAGCGGCAUUAACAGCGGCAGCCGUAGCGAAACCCCCACAGCAGCCAUGGUAACCGCUAACAGCUCCCAGGGCGUGUCGCCUCCUGUCGUACCGCACCCGCAGCGGCACCCUCAGACGCAGCAACUCGCAGAGCAUGGCGCAGCAGGCGAGAUGGAGUUGCGGGCGGCGGGCAGGGAGGGGCACCAGCAACACCGGGGGCAGCAGCAGCAGCAGCGGCAGGAGGUGUUCGUAUCCACUGCGGGUCGGGAGCUGCUAGCCGGGUUCGCAGCGGGGGCGGCGAACGUCACCAGCGGCUACCCAUUUGAUACGGUCAAGGUGCGGCUGCAGUCCGCCGCCCCGGGGCGCUACCGGGGGGCGCUGCACUGCGCGACUGAGGUGGUGCGCAGCGAGGGGGUGCGGCGGGGGCUGUUCCGCGGGCUGUCCUCGCCGCUGGUGGGCGGCACCGCGGAGACCGGGGUGAACUACCUGGUCUACUCGCGCGUGCUGGCGGCGCUGACCCCGGCGCAACUGACCCCUGGGUCACCUCCCCCGCUGGAGUGCGUGGCAGCUGCGGGCGCGGUGGCGGGUGUGGCGCUGAGCGGCAUCCUGGGGCCCACGGAGCUCGUCAAGUGUCGCAUGCAGCAGGCGGGGUCCGCUGCGCGCUACCCGGGGGGCCCGCUGCAGUGCCUGCGGGAGGUGGUGGCGCGGGAGGGCGGGCUGCGCGGCCUCACUCGCGGACUUGGGGCCACCCUGACGCGGGAGGUGCCGGGCAAUGCGCUGUUCUUCACCGCGUAUGAGGCACUGAGACGCAACCUGCCGGACUCGAGCGGGCCUCCUCACGGCUCAAGCUCGGGCUCGGGCGGGGCAGCACGACCGGAGCGGCACUGGUUGGAGGAGGCGGCCUUUGCCAUCUUCUGCGGCGGAGCGGCGGGAACCCUGAUGUGGGCUGUGGUCCUGCCAAUUGAUGUGGCGAAGACCCGGCUUCAGACGGCGCAGCCGGGCAGCGAGUGGGACGUGGGACUGCGCAAGCACUGGGCCAUGCUGUGGCGCGAGGGCGGAAUGCGGUCGCUGUACGCCGGCCUGACUCCCACGCUGGUGCGUGCCUUCCCUGCCAACGCAUGCCAAUGGCUGGCCUGGGAGCUGGCCAUGCGGGGGAUGCGGGGCGACGGCGAGGAGCAAUGAGCACCUGGGGCGUCGCCUUGGGAAGCAAGUGUCAUUCCUUACGCAGCGGAGUCGGCCUUGGGUCCGAAUUGGAAUGCUCUUAUAGGCCCAAGGCGACGAAACCACCUGGGGCAGACCUGGCACGUACGAUGAGGCUUUUGCUGCUGUCAGUGCAGAUGUAAGGUGGAUGAGACGAGAAAGGCAUGUCGCACUGCUGAGGGGUAGAGUCGUGGCCACGCAGGGCCCACCAUAUGGUGCAGCUUGGGA